AUGCCUCCGCUGGUGGACGACUGCCAGCUGAGGUCCAUGGAAGCGUCCAGAAAUGGAGACAUGGUCAGCUCGGUACAUGUCUACGGCGGCGACGUGGUCGAGCGGCGCGACUCGAGCGGCAGAUCGAGCGCGACCAGCUCGCGCACCGGCGGCGGCCCGCCCUACCUGCGCACCGCGCUCUACGACUACGACGCGCAGGGCGAGGACGAGCUCUCGCUGCGCCAAGGCCAGAUCGUCGUCGUCCUGUCCGAAGACGCCAAGAUCUCGGGCGACGAGGGAUGGUGGACCGGCAAGAUCGGCGACAAGGUGGGCAUAUUCCCGUCGAACUUCGUCGCCGACGAGGAGGUGAGGAACCAAGUGAACUCGAUCAUAGCGGACAUAAAAGUGAUAAAAAUCGACUUCAACAGUUUGCAACUGGAAGAGGUGAUAGGGGUGGGCGGGUUCGGCAAAGUGUACCGCGGCGUGUGGAACGACGUCGAGGUGGCCGUGAAGGCGGCACGGCAGGAACACGACACGGAAAUGUCGGUGACGCGGGAGAACGUGAUCAAAGAGGCGAAACUGUUUUCCCUCCUGCGGCACGAGAACAUCGUGUCGCUGGAGGGCGUGUGCCUCGAGGAGCCGAACCUGUGUCUCGUGCUCGAGUACUGCCGCGGCGGCUCCCUCAACCGGGUGCUGGCCGGAAGGAAGAUCAGGCCGGACGUCCUGGUCGACUGGGCCAUACAGAUCGCCAAGGGGAUGCACUACCUGCACUGCGAUGCGCCCAUCUCUCUAAUUCAUCGUGACCUGAAAAGCUCCAACGUGCUCCUUUACGAGGAGUUCGAGCACGACGACCUGCAGUACAAGACCCUGAAAAUCACCGACUUCGGUCUGGCGCGCGAGGUGUACAAAACGACGCGGAUGUCGCAAGCGGGCACUUACGCCUGGAUGGCGCCCGAAGUGAUCAAAAACUCGACGUUCUCGUCGAAGAGCGACGUCUGGAGCUACGGCGUCCUGCUGUGGGAGCUGCUCACCGGCGAGAUUCCCUACAAGGGCAUCGACACGCUCGCGGUGGCCUACGGCGUGGCCAUCAACAAGCUCACCUUGCCCAUACCGACCACUUGUCCGGAACAGUGGAAAGAACUUAUGCAAAGUUGCUGGGAUUCCGAUCCGCACAUGAGACCUACAUUUGCCGUAAUCUUAGAACAACUGGACAGCAUAGUUAAUUCGUCAUUUACACAAGAACCGCACGAAAGUUUCCAUGUUCUGCAGGACGAUUGGCGCAAGGAAAUCGAGGAGGUCCUUCUCGAUUUGCGAAGAAAAGAAAAGGAACUUCGUUGUAGAGAAGAGGACCUCAACCGCGCGCAAGUGCAACAGCGCAUGCACGAAGAACAACUGCGGCAAAGGGAACAAGAACUUCAGGCGCGCGAAAUCGACCUGCUUCACCGGGAACUUUAUUUCAUGAUAAAUCAACAAACACCCACGCCUAACAAACGAAAAGGCAAUUUUAAGAAAUCCCGCUUAAAGUUCCUGAAAAAAGAGCCCGGCUCCAAUAUCAGCUCCCCUAGUGACUUUAGGCACACGAUAACUGUCAAACAUACGGCGAUUGAGGGCGUUAUUUCUCCCAACAGCCCCCCAGGCUCCCCUUCGAUACCCAGACUGAGGGCAAUUGCACUACCCGCCGACGGAGUGAAGGGCAAAACGUGGGGCCCGAGCACGUUCCACCAGCGCGAGCGCGGGCUGAUCCCGGCCCUGCGGCCCAUCCCGCCCAACGUGUGGUCGAAGAGCGCCCCGAACCUGGACAAGGCGCGCAACGCCCUCAUGCGAGCGCCGAACGAAAUAGAUUAUGCACCGCAUGAAGACUGGGGUCCCGAAUGUCCCCUUCCCAUGCCUGGGACAUUGAGGCACAACGUGCCUAUACCAACUUUAUAUAGCGCCGACGGACAAAGAUUGAAACCGAAAUGGAGUAUAGUGGAGCUGGUUCUGUACAAUAUUGCGGCCAUGUUGGCUGGAGUCGCGUCCGGAUACGACGUUCGAUUGUCGAAUGUUUCUCCAUUACAUCCCAGACUACAGCCUAAUCGACCCGAAAUCGACUUGCCGGCGUGGCGACCGGUCGAGAACCAAGACUACGAAUAUUCGACGACAUCAGGCUACAGCCACAACACGUACCACGGCCCGACGAAGCAUUGCCGCCCGAUGCUGACGGGCUCGCAAAUAAUGAACCUGCAAAACGAAGAAAUGCGACCGCUCCGAUUCACUGACUCGCCCCAACACCACCCGCCCAACCCGUCGCCCAGACGCAAGAGCAGCAGCACCAGCAACGACGGCUCGGAGUUGUACGUGCCGUACGAGAGGAGCGCCACCAUCUACAUCCCGGGGGAUUACCACGGCACGCAGAGCGAUACAGGCCCGUUCCCCGCCAUCAGGCCCGAGCCCGGGGUUAACUACAGCUACACCGACCAUAGUUCCGAGUACACUAGCAGUACUACUAUGUACGGUUACGGCACCGACUACGCGUAUGACAACCCGAGCAGUAUAAGCAGCCAUAGCGGCACUAGGACGCCGCAAAGGCUGCCGGUGCACAGCCACAGAAGAACCAACUCGAACGUGUCGAACGCUAGUAGCACCACAACGAGCGGUUCGAACGUUAACCCGAGCUUCAGACUCGAAGAGGAAUACACCCCGCACUACUUGCGCAGACCUCACGAUUACGACUACUACUCGCGUCAAGAGUCGAACUUCGAAAGGCCCACGACUCUGGAAAGCACCGGGCACACAAAACUCAGAUCGAGUCUGAAAAGGAACAACUAUCAGGCCAGCCAGGGGCACUCGGGCGGGAACACGCCCACCAACCCCACGCCGCCCGACAGCUUGACCAGCGACGACAGCUCGUACGUGUCGGCCAAAGACAGCAACUGCAGCGUGAGCAGGGUGCGAUUCUCGCCCACGACCUUGAUCGACUUGCCCGCGCCCGGUCAAAAUCAGGAUCCCACGAUUCCGUUGCAGGCGAGGAGGCCCAGGCAAAGGCCCUCGCUAGCCGAAAUGGAACGGGAGUUCUUGUCAUAA